GAUAUUUUAGAGAUGAGUUUUCGACUAAUUUUUUGUCUGAUUUUCCUGUUGCCGAGAGUAAUCUUAUCGGACCCUAGCCAACCCAAUCAAGUUGUUCUAUUGGAUACCACGGCUGUGCUGGGUGAACUGGGCUGGAAGACCUACCCUGUUAAUGGGUGGGACGCCAUCACUGAAAUGGAUGAGCAGAAUCGACCAAUCCACACCUUUCAAGUGUGUCACGUGAUGGAGCCCAACCAGAACAACUGGCUCCGUUCCAACUGGAUCCCCCGCCAAGCUGCGCAGAAGAUCUACGUGGAGUUGCGCUUCACCCUGCGCGACUGCAACAGCAUCCCUUGGGUGUCAGGCACCUGCAAGGAAACCUUCAACUUGCUCUACCAGGAGACCGACGAACCUCGCGGUCCGGCAGCCCGUUUUCAUCCGGCCGACUACGCCAAGAUCGAUACCAUCGCCGCAGACGAGAGCUUCACCCAAACGGACUUGGGAGAUCGGGUCCUGAGGCUCAACACAGAAGUUCGGGAGGUGGGCCCCAUUGAGAGGAAAGGUUUCUACUUGGCCUUCCAGGACGUGGGAGCCUGCAUUGCUCUGGUGUCUGUACGCGUCUACUACAAGAAAUGCCCGUCGACCCUCAGGAACCUUGCGGCUUUCCCCGACACGGUGCCUCGCGUGGACUCGUCCUCCCUGGUAGAGGUGAGGGGGGCCUGCGUGGAGAACGCGGAGGAACGGGACACGCCCAAACUGUACUGUGGUGCCGACGGCGAUUGGUUGGUCCCGCUCGGCCGCUGCGUUUGCAGCGUCGGACAUGAGGAAAGCGACGGCCUCUGUCUGGCCUGCAGGCCUGGAUUCUACAAAGCCUUUGCAGGGAACAUCAAAUGUUCAAAGUGUCCACCGCAUAGCUUCAGUCAUUCGGAGGGAUCUGCAUUUUGUCACUGUGAGAAAGACUUCUACAGGGCACCCAAAGACCCCGCCACCAUGGCCUGCACACGACCUCCAUCCGCUCCACGUAACCCAAUGUUCACCAUCAACGAAACGGCGCUGUUUUUGGAGUGGAUGCCGCCCAGUGACACCGGUGGCAGGAAAGAUCUGACCUAUAACGUUUUGUGUCAGCGGUGCGGGGGGGCGGGGCAAGCCUGCGAGCCGUGUGACGGGGACGUGAGAUUCGUGCCGCGUCCCUUGGGUCUAACGGGCACCUCCGUGGCGGUGCAGGACUUUGUGGCCAACGCCAACUACACGUUCCAGAUCGAGGCGGUGAACGGCGUCUCCGGGAUGGGUCGGAAAGCGCGUCCGUUGGCCAACGUCACCGUAAGCACCGAGCAGGCGGGCCCAUCUCUGGUGGGAGUGGUGAGGAAAGACUGGGCUUCUCAGAAUAGUAUCGCCCUCUCCUGGCAGGAGGCUGAACAACCCCAUGGAGCCAUCCUAGACUAUGAAAUCAAGUAUUAUGAAAAGGAGCAGGAGCAGCUGAGUUACUCCUCCACUCGUACUAAGUCUCCCAGUGUAAUCGUCUCUGGGCUGAAGCCUUCCACUGUCUACGUCUUCCACGUGCGAGCCCGAACCCUGGCCGGCUACAGCGGUUACAGCCCCAAGUCAGAGUUCGCCACAGGGGACGAAAACUCAGAAGAGGCCUCCGAUCAGGGCCCAGUGCUGGUCAUCGUCACGGCAGCAGUGGGGGGCUUCUCUCUGCUGGUGAUACUCACCCUCUUCCUGCUCAUCACCGGGCGAUGUCAGUGGUAUAUCAAAGCCAAAAUGAAGUCAGAAGAGAAGAGGCGGACACACUAUCAAAAUGGGCAUGUGCCGUUCCCAGGUAUGAAAACUUACGUGGACCCGGACACUUACGAGGACCCGACACUGGCCGUCCACGAAUUUGCCAAGGAGAUUGAUCCUUCCCGCAUUCGUAUCGAGAGAGUUAUAGGAGCAGGUGAGUUUGGUGAAGUGUGUAGCGGCCGUCUCCGAACCCCAGGGAAGAAAGAAAUCCCAGUUGCCAUAAAGACUUUGAAAGGCGGGUACACGGAACGUCAGAGACGGGACUUCCUGCGGGAGGCGAGCAUCAUGGGACAGUUUGACAACCCCAAUAUCAUCAGGCUGGAGGGCGUCGUCACGAAGAGCAGGCCGGUCAUGAUUGUGGUUGAAUACAUGGAGAACGGUUCCUUGGACUCUUUUCUGAGGAAACAUGACGGGCACUUCACAGUGAUCCAGCUGGUUGGCAUGCUGCGUGGCAUCGCCUCGGGGAUGAUGUACCUGUCCGACAUCGGCUACGUCCACCGGGACCUGGCCGCUCGAAACAUUUUGGUGGAUGACAACCUGGUGUGUAAGGUGUCUGACUUUGGCCUGUCCAGGGUGUUGGAGGACGACCCCGAGGCUGCUUACACCACCACGGGAGGGAAAAUCCCCAUACGCUGGACGGCGCCAGAAGCAAUUGCUUACAGGAAGUUUUCUUCGGCCAGCGACGUGUGGAGUUACGGUAUCGUCAUGUGGGAAGUGAUGUCAUAUGGGGAGCGGCCGUACUGGGAGAUGUCCAAUCAAGACGUGAUUUUGUCUAUAGAGGAGGGGUACAGACUGCCCGCCCCCAUGGGAUGCCCCGUGGCCCUGCAUCAGCUCAUGCUCCACUGCUGGCAGAAAGAGAGGAAUCGCCGACCACGCUUCAACGACAUCGUUGACUUCCUGGACAAACUCAUCCGUAAUCCUGGCUGCCUGCUCACGCUGGUGGAUGAUGUACAGAGCUUCCCAGAAUCUCCAGAAGACACACCUGAGUACCCUCUAUUUAUCUCCAUCGGUGAUUGGUUGGACUCCAUCAAAAUGAGCCAAUAUAAGAACAACUUUCUGGCUGCAGGUUACACAACAUUGGACUCUGUAUCCACUAUGAGUAUUGAUGAUGUCAGAAGAAUUGGUGUGUCUCUGAUUGGCCACCAGAGGAGGAUAGUGAGCAGCAUACAGACACUCCGACUGCAAUUCCUCCACGUCCAACAGAGCGGCUUCCACGUAUGA